UACUCGUACACAUAGGGAAAUCUAAUCUGACGAGAGAAAAUAGAGCACACAAAGCGGGAAGAAGAGAGGGAAAACAGUUGAUUUAUCCAAAACAUUGUCUGAAUGAACCUAUUUCUUAAAAUAAAAUGGCUGCUUUUGGAUUGAAUCAGCAACUGCUUUGCUUCUCGAACUCGCAUUCUAGGACAACAACAAAACCAUGUAGUGCAUGGUUACUCUGCAGCAAAACAAGCGUGUUCAUUAUCCCUCGAAAGAAGGGUCGUUUCUCUCUAACUUCUUGUAAUUCUCAGUCCUCCUCUGAAGCCAAUAUUCAGACUGCAGAGUCCUGUGUCAAUUUGGGUCUCUCCCUCUUCUCUAACGGACGGGUUAAAGAUGCUUUAGUUCAGUUUGAAACAGCACUUGAUUUAGACCCCACCCCAAGGGAGGCCCAAGCUGCACUCUAUAACAAAGCCUGCUGCCAUGCCUACCUGUAGGCUUCUGUAUAGCUUACUCUUUUCGUGAAUGGAAUUUAAUCAUAACAUGUUUUAUUUCACUUUGAUCAUUCACUUUCAUCUAAUUGCUUUGUUAUUUUAAUUAUGAUGUAUUUUAAACGAAUAGAAAUGCUUCAUGUAAUGAAUGAUAGGGUUCCAUAGCAUUCUAAUGAAUGACUAUUUUGCAAGAUA